AUGGCUGUGAUGGAGCCAGCUCAGAUGCCGGUGACCUUCGAGGAGGUGGCUGUGUAUUUCACCCAGGGGCAGGGGGCUCUGCUGGACCCCGGUCAGAGAACCCUCUACAGGGACGUCAUGCAGGAGAACUAUGAGACAGUGAUCUCACUGGGAUUCCCCAUUCCCAAACCAGACCUGAUCGCCCGGCUGGAACGAGGGGAAGAGCCGUGGGUCCCAGAUCUCCAGGCUGCCAAGGAAAGGGAGAGCCUGAGAGGCCCCCUCACAGGUAAUAGGACAGCGAGUGAGAAGAAGGAGAAGAAUCAGCAGCAGGAAGGUCCUGAGAAAGUGAAAUCGCAGGAGAGGUUUUUGAGAAUUGCUGAAGGGAAUUUUUCCCAGUGCUUGGAACAGGGAAAUGCCUGGGGAGAUGGACACAGAUCAGAGAAGCAGCUGGGAAACUAUCCCAUGAAGAAACUGGAUGAAUCCAUUCCAUGUGGUGGAGGAUGCAAGGAUCCCAAGGAAGUCACAGACCAGCAGACAAGUCACAAUGAAGAGAAACCCUACAAAUGUCUUGACUGUGGGAUAAGUUUUAGCAAAAGUUCAUCCCUUAUUCAACAUGGGCGAAUCCACACGGGAGAGAGACCCUAUAAAUGCAUAGAGUGUGGGAAAGGUUUUAUUGAAAGUUCAUCCCUUACUAAACAUGAAAGAAUCCACAGAGGCGAAAGACCAUAUAAAUGCCUUGAGUGUGGGAAAAGUUUCAGUGUGAAAUCAACCCUUAAUACACAUGAGAAAACCCACAUGGGAGAAAAACCCCAUAAAUGCUUGGAUUGUGGGAAAACGUUUGGUCAGAACUCAUACCUUAUUGAACAUAGGAGAAUCCACACGGGAGAGAGACCAUAUAAAUGCCUUUACUGUGGGAAAACUUUUAGUCAGCGUUCACACAUUAUUAAGCAUCAGCGAAUCCACACGGGUGACAAACCGUAUAAAUGCCUCAAUUGUGGGCAAAGUUUUGUUGACAGAACGAAACUUAAUAAUCAUCUGAGAAUCCACACAGGAGAGAAACCCUAUAAAUGCUUGGACUGUGGAAAAAGCUUCAUUCAGAAGUCACAACUCAUUAUACACCAGAGAGUGCACACAGGAGAGAGACCGUAUAAAUGCCUUGAGUGUGGGAAAAGUUUUAGUCAGAGCUCAAAGCUUAUUACACAUCAGAGAACCCACACAGGAGAGAGACCUUAUAAAUGCCUUGAGUGUGGGAAAAGUUUUAUGGAAAGUUCAUCCCUUAUUCGACAUGGAAGAAUCCACACAGGAGAAAGACCCUAUAAAUGUCUUGAAUGUGGGAAAAGUUUCAGUGUGAAAUCAGCCCUUAAUAUACAUCAGAAAACCCACACAGGAGAGAAACCCCAUAAAUGCUUGGACUGUGGGAAAACUUUCAGUCAGAUCUCAUACCUUAUUAAACAUGGGAGAACCCACACGGGAGAGAGACCGUAUAAAUGCCUGGACUGUGGGAAAACCUUCAGUCAGCGCUCAUACCUUAUUAAACAUGGGAGAAUCCACACAGGAGAAAGACCCUAUAAAUGCCUUGACUGUGAGAAAGUUUUCAAUGAGCGAUCGGCCCUUAUUAGACAUGAGAGAACUCACAUGGAAGAGAAACCCCAUAAAUGUUUGGACUGUGGGAAAAGCUUCAUUCAGACAUCACAACUUAUUAUACACCAGAGAGUGCACACAGGAGAGAGACCCUUUAAAUGCUGUGAGUGUGGGGAAAGUUUUAUUCAGAACUCAAAGCUUAUUACACAUCAGCAAAUCCACACAGGAGAGAGACCUUAUAAAUGCCUUGAGUGUGGGAAAGGUUUUAGUCAGAGUUCAACGCUUAUUACACAUCAGCGAACCCACACAGGAGAGAAACCCUAUGGAUGCCUUGAGUACAGCACCAUUGGCAGAGACUGGUUUCCACAGGGCCUUUUGUUAGAAGCCAGGAUUUCCCACCUCUGCUACAGCAGCAUCAGCCUCUGA